AAAUGUCCAGUUACUGGACGGAGCGUGGAGUCACACACGGUCGUCCAUCAUAUUCACUGCUGCAACAGACGGUGCUCUUUACCUGUGGGAUAUUCUCGCCCAGCGGAUCACUCCUACGUUAUGCUCCCAGGUCAGCGAAUCUCCGCUUUUAAGUUUGAGCACCCAGGAACACGGAAAAAUCAUGGCAGUUGGCAGCAAAGACGGACGGUUGUCCGUCAUUCAAAUAAGCGACAAUUUGUCGACAGUAACCAAAAACGAUAAAGUAGCGCUCACCUCGUUACUGGAACGAGAAAUCCGAAGAGAAAAGAAUUUGGAACAGCGGACUAAAGACAGCAAGAGUAAACAAGGACCCAAAACUUCCAUUUUCCACCUUGCGAUUGCAACAGUGACCCAAGCGGCCAAGUUGCUACGCAAGGCUCAUUGGGCGUUCAGAAACCUCCGUCUCCCAUGUCCCAUCACCUCGCUAUCUAAAAAAAUGUUUGAUAGCUUGAAGGAGACACUCCAGGCACUUAAUAUUAAUCAAGAGAAUACAAGCGGCAAAGAAGUUAACGAAAGAUCGGUUAUUGAACCUUCGGCUGAUAUGUUGCCAGCCACUGAUAAAACCGGAAGCCAAAUCAACGUAUCUGUCUCUCACGCUGCUCCAGUGGCGCCAUUCGUUGAUCAGACUCUGCAAUCUUCCGAAGAGGCUUUCUUUGAAAUUGAAACCAUUGAUCAGGAAAUACUUUCCCGUGGAAUAGAAGAAAAACAAUGAGUAGACGAAUAACUAGUAUGUAUGAAUCACCAAUGAUUUUAUUAAUCCGAUCCGCAAUCAAUAUUUCCAUUAUUCAAAUGUU